CGACCACCUCUUUUUGAUGGAACCAUUUAUACAUAUUGGAAGGAAUGAAUGAGAAUCUAUAUUCGUUCCACGAACUUCCAAUUAUGGUUGGUUAUCAAAAACGGGGAAGAGAUGCCAAAGAAGAAAGUCGGAGAUAAGUUGAUCCCCAAGACCGAAGACGAAUUUGAUGCCGAAGACAUCAAGAAAGUAGAAAACUAUGCAAAGGCGAUUAACAUGAUCUACUGUGCGGUCAAUCCCGAUGACUACCGCAAGAUCUCCUGCUGCUCAACCGCCAAGGAGAUGUGGGAUAAGCUCGAGGUGACGUACGAAGGAACGGACCAAGUACGUGAAGCCAAGAUUGACUUCCUCACCCAAGAGUAUGAGAUGUUCAGGAUGAAGGGGCACGAGAAGAUUGACGAUAUGUUCGACCGUUUCUCCAAGCUAGUCAACGAUCUUCAUGCAUUAAAGAAGACGUACAUCGACAGGGAUCUUGUGCGAAAGAUCCUACGGAGCUUGACAUUCGAAUGGCGAUCCAAGGCCGAUGCCAUAUAUGAAUCAAUUGGCACAUCAAAUGUCACCAUCGACGGCCUAAGAGGUAAUCUAAAAACCUAUGAAUCGACUAUUCUUAAUCUGUCUUUCAAUGACCAAAGGAAAGGGAUAGCACUAAAAGCCGUCAAAGAAUCAACAAUGGAUGAUUCAAGUGACGAUGAUGAAGUCAAGCUUGUCAUGAAGAAGUUCUGCAAACUUCUAAGAAAGAAAGAAAAGGUUGAGGAUGGCCCUGUGUGCUAUGGAUGUGGAGAAGCCGGGCACAUCAAGAACAAAUGCCCGAAAAGCGGAAGGAAUGCUCGACACCUCAAAAGGCAAAGGGUGUAUAUCUCUUGGGGUGGAGAUUCCGGCGACGAGUCAACCGACCAAGAUGAGGAUGAAGCUCCCAACCUCUGUCUCAUGGCACACGGAGACCAAACCGACGAUGUACAAGAGUCGGGUUUCAGUGCCGGUCGGCUAAGCCAUGGUUCUGGGCUAGCCAUCUACCCAGCGAUGGUAGAUUUCACCCAUGCAUGGGAAAGUGAUCCCGGGAUUCCAGAAUCAUCUUACCCAGCGAUGGGAGAUAUUACCCAUCGAUGGGGAAGCUUGUUUCCCUUGGUUGUACGAAGGAAAGGUAUUUUCCUUCGGGUUGAAGUCUUGGAGUGCGGUAUCUCCGAGCAAGUGUUGUUGAGGCUCGUGGGACUCGAGUUCUCAGAUUGUAACGGUUCGUUAAGCACCCGUAAGCUUAACGGAAGUAGUGUAGCUCGAGAGAGUCUCUCGGGAGGCUGGAUUAGCCACAAGUUAUGGUGAACCAGGGUAAAUCCUGGAAAUUUAUUCUCAAAUGUUUUCCUAUUCUUCCACAAACAGAGGGUGCACAAUAUAGUUAAAAGAAUGGGUUGGACAAAAGGUAAAAUCUGCAGGAAAACAAUAAGAAUGAGCUAGAGAUAUUAGAAAAGCAGAGGCAUGAUGAUUUCUUGAGCAUGUUGAGGGGAUAUAUUGUUAAUCAGAUGUAGAAAUUUGAAGGAGAUGCAAUGGGAUAAAGCCAGAUGCUGAUUAUGUUGUGGAGGUUGCUGUAUCUUCACUGAAAACAACAAAAUUGGUGCAAACUUAAAGGAGAAUGCUUUAUGGUUUUAGAGUGUGGUGAUGGUAGCUAGGCUAAUGCUUGUGAGUAUUAAGACUGGGUUUAGGCCUUUGGUUUUCUAGUUUCUAUCCUCCAGGACUUUGGUCAUGCACUUGGUCUUCAACUUCGCAGGGUUUCCAGGGUGUUUCUGCAAUAAAGGGGCUAAUCCAGA